AUGAAUGCAACACUAGCACAAACUAUGUCACUUGUGGCAUUUCUUAUUGCGUUGGUUUGGAUCCCAAUUGAGGGAAACUCAGCAUCAUCAUCACCAAACACAUUGCACCAAAAUGAUACUAGUGUGCCAUCAUCACAAAUUUCACCAUGGUUGAAGAGGAAUAAUGUUGUGGAAGCAAGAGGUUCAGGGUGCCGUGGCAGGUCAUGGGUGUGCAACCCACAAGGAGAAUUUCCUCCAAGGAGUUUGUGCUGUAGGAACCUUUGUGUGAAUGUGACUUCUGAUGGGAACAAUUGUGGGUUGUGUGGGAUUAGGUGCAUUUUCAAUUGGGAGUGCUGUGGAGGUUUGUGCACUGACAUAAACAUCGAUUUUUUCAAUUGUGGCAAGUGUGGACAUGCAUGUCCCUUUGGGGCACUUUGCUUGUUUGGUAUGUGUGCCUAUGCAUAG